AAUUUAUUGUAGCAUCACCAUGUAAAUUAUCUAAUAAUCAAUUUGAUACUAUAGAAGAAGAUAUUGUUUUAUCAAACAAACAUACAGGUCUAUGGAGAGUAUUAUUAAAAGCAACACCAAGACGAGACAAUCAUAUUCAUCGAUUGACUACAAAAGAUAUUGAAACGAUCUAUAAAAAAGAUCUUCAAAAUCAACGUACAUUUCCUCGAUCAUAUAUUUCUACAAAAAGAAUUGAAGCAUUUGAACUUCAUGAUGGCACUAAUGAUUCAAGUAUUUUAAAUGGAUAUCGAACAGAACGACGUAUGAUAUACAUCGAAGAAAAUGUUGAAUUUCAAAUUGAUGAUAUUGGUGAAAUUGAAUAUACACCAACGGAAGGUGAACGAACAUCACAAGAUUAUAUAAUGAUACCAAAAACGAAAUCAAAUACAAUCUUACAAUUUCUUAUACCAAAUAUUCAAGAACAAGAAGAAGUAAUUCGUAAUCGUGUUUUACGUUCAUUAUAUUGUACUAUAAAAAAUAAAUCAUAUAAACGUAGUUUUCUACUUGAAGUUAAUGAACAACCAUGUGAUAUACAUCCAAUUGCUUCUGAUGGAUCAACAGAAUUACGUUAUCUUCAUUCAACGCAAAAUCUCUUUGAUUAUAUGUCGAAAUAUGAAAAUGAUAUAUCGAUUUAUGUUAAAUUAAUUCGUGGUGAUUUACCAACAAAAGCAAUUGAUUAUGAUGGGUAUAUGGUAUUCAAAAGUGUAUUAAAUGGUGAUACAAUUCCUAUAUGUUCUAUUGAAGAUCUUCAGAUAACUCUAACGAAUCCUAAUCUUCCUGUUCAAGUUAAACUUCCAAUCGAUAAUGAAGCAUGGUAUUCAUUACCUAAAAUUCAUGCCGCUGAACUUCAAUGUAUGCAAUUAGCUCUUGCAUUACUUGCUCGACAUGAAUCAGACAUAUAUAUUACAGAUAAAGUUGGAAAAACUAUACCUGAUUUCUUACAAUCAACUAACGAUCAACAACGAUACACUCCAUUAAGACAAUCAUCAGAUACAAUGAGAAAUCAUCUAUUGAAACAUAAAUCUGAAGAUGAUUUACGUUCUGACGAGAGAAAAAAAAUAUUAUAUGAACAACCAAAGAUUUUUAAAUCACAAACACCAACAUUAAGUAGAGCAGCACCAUUUUUUCAUCCUGCUUCCGAUCAACUUUAUCGAAAUGAAGAAAAACGUUUGUUAUUAGCUAAUUUAAAAGCAAGUCAACAAUACUUAAAAGAAAAAGAAAAACGUAAUCAAAAUGCCCGAAAGACUGCUUUAGAUAGAUCAUUUUUAUCAUCCAUAUUUUCUACAAGCAAUAGAAGGACAAAAAACAAACAUGAUUCGAAAUAA